CGCCACCGCACACCACCGCUCGCUCACCUCGCCGCACACCACAGCCUGAGCACCCAAGGACGAGCAUCUCCUAGCCCAGCUUGCUCCCCGGUUCCAGCAGCCGCGGUCGGUUGCUCACUCGCUUGGAGGAGACAAGAAACCAGAGGGUGCGAGCUCCGUACUGGUGGUCCAUGGCGUCGCACAACGGCCCCAAGCACGUGGCGCCGAUGGAGGUGUCGGUGGAGGCCGGGAACUCCGGCGCCGCCGAGUGGCUGGACGACGACGGCCGCCCCCGCCGCACGGGCACGGUCUGGACGGCCAGCGCCCACAUCAUCACGGCCGUCAUCGGCUCCGGCGUGCUCUCGCUGGCCUGGGCCAUCGCGCAGCUCGGCUGGGUCGCCGGCCCCGCCGCCAUGCUGCUCUUCGCCUUCGUCACCUACUACACCGCCACGCUGCUCGCCGAGUGCUACCGGACCGGCGACCCGGACACGGGGAAGCGCAACUACACCUACAUGGACGCCGUGCGCUCCAACCUCGGCGGCGCCAAGGUCGCAUUCUGCGGCGUGAUACAGUACGCCAACCUCGUCGGCGUCGCCAUCGGGUACACCAUCGCGUCCUCCAUCAGCAUGCAGGCCAUCAGGAGGGCGGGGUGCUUCCACAAGAACGGGCACGGAGACCCGUGCAAGAGCUCCAGCAACCCCUACAUGAUCCUCUUCGGCAUCGUGCAGAUCCUCUUCUCGCAGAUACCAGACUUCGAUCAGAUUUGGUGGCUCUCCAUCGUCGCCGCCGUCAUGUCCUUCACCUACUCUUCCAUCGGCCUCGCCCUCGGCAUCGCACAGACCAUCUCCAACGGUGGAUUCAAGGGAAGCCUCACCGGCAUCAGCAUCGGCGCCGACGUCUCCUCCACGCAGAAGAUCUGGCACAGCCUGCAGGCCUUCGGUGACAUAGCCUUCGCCUACUCCUUCUCCAACAUCCUCAUCGAAAUCCAAGACACCAUCAAGGCGCCGCCGCCGUCUGAGGCUAAGGUGAUGCAGAAGGCGACGCGGCUGAGCGUGGCGACGACGACCGUCUUCUACAUGCUGUGCGGGUGCAUGGGGUACGCCGCGUUCGGCGACGCGGCGCCGGACAACCUCCUCACGGGGUUCGGCUUCUACGAGCCCUUCUGGCUGCUGGACAUCGCCAACAUCGCCAUCGUCGUGCACCUCGUCGGCGCCUACCAGGUCUUCUGCCAGCCCAUCUUCGCCUUCGUCGAGCGCCGCGCCGCCGCGGCCUGGCCGGACAGCGCCUUCAUCUCCCGGGAGCUCCUCGUGGGCCCCUUCGCGCUCAGCCUCUUCCGCCUCACGUGGCGGUCGGCGUUCGUGUGCGUGACCACCGUCGUCGCCAUGCUCCUCCCCUUCUUCGGCAACGUUGUCGGGUUCCUCGGCGCCGUCUCCUUCUGGCCGCUCACCGUCUACUUCCCCGUCGAGAUGUACAUCAAGCAGCGCCGCGUGCCGCGGGGCAGCAUCAAGUGGAUCUGCCUCCAGACGCUGAGCAUCAGCUGCCUCAUCGUCUCUAUCGCCGCCGCCGCCGGUUCCAUUGCCGACGUCAUCGACGCCCUCAAGGUCUACCGGCCGUUCAGCAGUUAAUUGUCGCUGGCCGUACGUGCAUGCAGCAUUGAUUGCGGUUAACACUGUUAACCGUGUGAGAUGUUUGCAACGAGGCCCUUAUGUUAAAGAAUUAUUGAGGUGAAAGGAAUAGGCGCCCUUGUGCACAUGCUGGCCGCAUUCCCUGUAAGGACAAGGGAUGCGAAAAGGAUGGCAGGAGGUGUUUGUUUAUGAGUCUAGUGUAGAGGUCUGGAGUAAAAAUACAACUUUCCCCCUUUUUUAGACUUUUCUUUUUUUUUCUCCAAGGUCCUAUUUUUGUAAUUGUUUCGUGCAACCUGGUGUACCGGAUAAAAGUAUAUGAAGGGAAGAAAAAAAAAGCUUACACAUGAA